GAGAGUUUCCGUGAUAAAACAGAGAACAGAAACUUUUCGCUUUUAUAAUGAUCUUUUCGCGCUUAAUGAGUUCAAGGUCACUGCAAGCUUUCAGCGACACAGACGAAAAACAUUUUUUGACAACAAUGAGAGGGUUUUCAAAACUUUUGGAGGGUAUUGUCAAAUACUCGUUAUUUGACAAACAGCAUACAAUGUUUCAACUGAAAGUUUGCGGAAACAAACCAAAUCCUUUAUCAAUGAUUUUUGGAUGCAUGGACAGCCGUGUCUUCCCGUCAAGGUACACAAAUAGUGAUCUAGGAGACAAUUAUAUAGUCAGAAAUGCUGGUAAUUUUGUUCCCUACCCAGAUGACCUUAAUCAGAUAGGAAAUAUAACCUCUGCUGCGGGGGCGCUAGAAUUGACAUGUGUACGAAACAAUAUGAAGCAUGUAGUUGUAGCUGGACAUUCUGAUUGUAAGGCCAUGGGUUUGUUGUUUGAUCUGAGAUCAGAGAUAGAUGUUCCUACAGGGUCACCUCUUGAACUCUGGAUAAAAAAGCACGGGAAAAGAACAUUAGAAAAAUUCAGUUAUUUGACAGAAGCCAAUAAUUUUACUGGACCAGUUCCAUUCACUCAAGAAAGCCUAGAGGAUAAAAAGUUUGAAAUCAAGAUUGAUCCGGAGCAAAACUUUUAUAUUGUGGAUAAAUUGUCUCAGGUGAACUGCAUUCAACAACUGGAGAAUAUUUCUGCGUACCCAUUUUUGAAAGAGAGACUUAAUAAGAACAAACUGUUUCUACAUGCACUAUGGUAUGAUGUGAACAGUGGUAAUGUGUACAUGUUGAGCAAGACACAACAAAAAUUUGUAGAAAUUAAUGAAUCAAGUUUCUUUAGCUUGAUAGAAGAAGUACAGACAGAGGAGGCUGAAGCCGGCUAACACUGUGAUGAUUUUUUAAAACCUUUAUUUUUCUUCUCGCAACACUGUUUUAAAUUUAAACUUUAUUAGGGUGUGUGAAUACAUGUAUUUCAUUUGAUAUGCUGGAUACCUUGAGUGAUUAGGCUUUGUUACCUGUAUAGAGUACAGGUAACUCAAUUUUAGUCUGUUGUUAUUAACGUUAUUAUCAGGUAGUCUAGUACUGGUGUAACUCUCCAGGAACGAUUGUUAGGAAACUACCCACCUAUAUGACUGAAAUACUGUUGGGAAAAGGCUUAAAAUGAAACAAACAAACAAACAAAUCAUAUACAUGCACAUUUUUAUGGUAAAAAUUUGUCGGAACAAUAACCAUUUAGAUGUUAUUGUUUUUGAGGAUGUUUGGCUUUUGUAAAAAUCAACAACCUUUACAGAGCAACCACCCUUUGGGAGACUAAAGAUUUUGGUUGUUGUAGAGAGGUGUUGGCUCUACAGAGGUUUAAAUUUAUUGUGAAGUGUUUGGAACUCAAAAAUAUGUUAUAAUAUUCAAUCUGAUGAGAGCAAACUGGUGGUUUUAUUAGUGGAUAAAUUGAGUGGUCUUAAUUCUCAUUGACAUAAAGAACAGAAAAUUCUGUUCUUUUAAAACAUGGUCUUAAUGGCUUGGUUGUCUAAGGCAGUCUUAAUUCUUGGGUGGUCUUAAGUAGAGUUUCUUAUGUAUUUAAUUUAUGGUAUAAAGUUAGAGUGAAAGAGUAUUGUAUUUGACUGGUAUGGAUUGUUUUUUAAGCAAAUUAGGGUAAAUAUUGUUUAAAUUUUACUUAGUUAGAAAUAGCAGGUCCUUGUAUUGUUUUAAAUCUGAAUUUGUUACUUUUAGACAUUGAAUAAAUUGUACCCCAGUUUUCUUAAGGACUAAUUCUGUACUGACCAUUUUGUGCCAAAAUUUACUUUGUAUUAAUUUGUUUAUAGAUAAAUUGUGUAAGCCAUGGUUCUGUUAUUUUAUAGAAUUGUUAUGGUUUCAUGUCAAACAAACAUUGUUUUUGACAUAUGAACAGAACUGAUUUCUUUAAAAAGAAAAUUUUCUCAUUGAUGUAGAAACUUGCAUGAAAAAGUAAAUAUU